CACACGAACCGGGAGCACGCGAGCCGUCUAUAAGUACCGCGGCGGCGUGUGUCGGCGGCAGAAGCCGAGACUCAGCCCCGCGCGCCGCGCACGCACGCACGCACGCCGUGGUCAGAUGACAGCUCAGCGAUAACAGACGCACAGUGACUCGACGGCCAUCAAAGUGACUUUCUGAAGCAACUUCUGAAGGUUUUGGUUUUUUUUCCGGAGCUCCGGUGAAAAGAAAAGAAGGGAUUUACAAUUUUACACUUUUCCACCCUUGGUUCGAUCCCACGAUGCCAGCUGACACUAUGGAAAAGCAGACGGCAUCUCCCAUCGCCGGUGCCCCUGCGAACGGAUCACACACUCCGGACAAACCGAAGAAUGCAAGCGAGCAUAGAAAAUCAUCCAAACCCAUCAUGGAAAAACGCCGGAGAGCGAGAAUUAACGAAAGCCUCGGGCAGCUGAAGACACUCAUCCUGGACGCACUUAAGAAAGAUAGCUCCAGACACUCCAAGUUGGAGAAAGCCGACAUCCUGGAGAUGACGGUCAAACACUUGAGGAACCUGCAGCGCGUCCAGAUGAGCGCAGCGCUCUCAGCGGACGCCACCGUCCUGGGUAAAUACAGAGCGGGAUUCAACGAGUGCAUGAACGAGGUCACCCGCUUCCUGUCCACCUCAGAGGGGGUGAACACGGAGGUGAGGUCGCGGCUCCUCAGCCACCUGUCCAGCUGCAUGGGCCAGAUGAUGUCCAUGAACUACCCGCAGCAGGUCCCGUCCCAGCAGGCGCAUCUGGCGCAGCCCCUCCACGUGCAGCUGCCGUCCACCCUGCCCAUCAGCGGCGCACCCAUGGGCUCUAAACUCAGUCCGGCGGAGGCCGUCUCCCCCAAGGUUUUCGGCGGCUUCCAGCUGGUGCCCGCCUCCGACGGACAGUUCGCCUUUUUGAUCCCCAACCCGGCCUUCGCCUCCGCCACGGCCCCCGUCAUCCCCCUUUACGCAAACGCAGGAGUGCCAGUGGCGGUGAACGCCAGCCCGGUGCACGGCAGCUCGGCGCCGACUGCGGCAUCUCCGGUUCACGGGAUGACGUCUUUCUCCGGGGGGUCCCACGCGGUCAGCCCGGUGGGGGUCAGCACCGGCUCCGAGAGCAGCGAGCCCGUGUGGCGGCCGUGGUAGCUCAAAGGGAAAAGAGACUCGCAUGAAAUCCAGUUUUCAUUAUUUUUCCCAGUUCAGACAUUUGACUGCACACACACAACUGUUGCGGGGGGUUCAGCCUGUGACUUUUUCCGCUAAGGAAUGUUAACUCUAACCACUUAAUGCCCCCCAAUAGUUCUCAUUGUUUCGUUUUAUGGAACAGGGGUCGCCUUUCAGGGCACUUUUUCUUAUUUAUUGUCUGAGUCCAACAUUUGGAUGUCGGUGAUAAAAUGCUGUACAUGAAGAAGAGUUAUAGGAGAUUUUUUUGUUAUGAAGUACUUUUUAUGAAAAGGUUUAGUUUUGUACAGAGUUGUUAUGGAUUGUUAUACCAAAGCUGUGUUUUAUAUUCUUUUCUGUUUUGUGUUGAAAAGGAGAGAAAAAACCCGAAGUUGGUCUUUGGCCCAUUGUUUUAAUAAAUGACUUCAGAAAUGAA